AUCAAAGCUACCGGACAGAAGAAGAAGAAGCUGUUUUUGUUUGUUCAUGGAAAGAUGUCGCAAGUUGAUGUUCAGGAGGAGCUGCACGUUUUAAAUGAGUGUCAGUACAGUUUUCCAGCAGAGACUCUCUCUGAUCUUUGCCGUGUUCGUUCUUUAUUCUCUGAUCUUUACCUCUAUGUGGAUUUUUACUGUUUUCCGGAUCAAAAGAAGAAGAAGCUGCUUUAUCUGGCAGGAACCAUCCCGGUUCAGUUUGAAGGUGGUGACUAUAAUAUUCCACUUUGCAUCUGGCUCCAUGAGACCCACCCAGUCAACAGGCCCCGUUGUUAUGUCUGUCCUACUGUCUCCAUGGUGAUUAAUCCUGCUUGUCCUUGUGUGGAUGCCAAUGGCAACAUCAGUCUGGAUGGACUAAGGAACUGGACCAGUGGUGUGUCCAAUCUCUCAUGGCUCGUUUCAGAGAUGAGGUGGGCUUUCCAGAAAGAUACACCUCUCUAUGCCUCGCCCCUUGUACAGGCCAGGUAUCCAACAUCAUGUGUGUUGGCAUCAAAGCGAGCAGGAGAGUCAGCAGAAAGCCAGCAACCUCCCAACAUCUUCACCUCAUCACCCUCAUCCUCUUUGCAGACUCUCUCACUCACCACUGCUGUGUCCAGACCAAAAGGUAACCAAUGGGAGCAGUCCAGAGGUCAGCGGUCAUAUGCAGAGGAUUUGCUGGGAAUCGACUUCAGUGCUGCAUCAGUUCCUGAGUUGUCCACCUCCUCAGCUGCUCCCCCUGUUGAUGUCCUCAGCAGGAUGGUUGCCCAUCUUCAUGUGGACUCUGAGGCUGUGUCGUGUCUUUCUGGUUCUGGACAUGAUCCACUUCAAGAACCCGGACCUCAGAAAUAUCACAGAGAACCGACAGAGUGGACCAGGAUCACAGCUUGUCUUCCUCCUGACAAAGUGACCAUGUUCCUCAGUCUCUUGUCCUUUGAGGGGAAGAACUUCAGCACUGAUGAUGUCCUGCAGGCAGUUCAGCUCAACAAAGAUGUGUCUUCUGCCCUGAAGUUCCUGACGCACACCUGCCCCAUCUGUCAAGAUCAGGUCUCAUUCGCAAAGAUCGUCACAAUGACCCACUGCUCCUGUUUUCUGUGCGAGAGCUGUUUUAAGGCCUUUUUCUCAUCAGCCAUCAUGGAGAGGAGCAUCGAACAGCUGGCAUGUCCUCAGUGUGGUCAGCCAGAGGUCAGUGGUCCAGGCGGCAUGGAGGAGUCCAUGGACUACUUUAACCUGCUGGACACACAGAUUCGACACUACCUGCCUCCUCACAUCCACGAGCUCUUCCAGAGGAAACUCCGAGAUCGAGCUCUGCAGGAAAUGCCAAACUUCAGAUGGUGUGCUCAUUGUUCCUUUGGAAUGCUUCAUGAAGCAGACCAGCUGAGGAUGGACUGUCCCAGUUGUAAGAAGAGUACCUGCUCUCACUGCAGAUCACCUUGGUGUCCUCAGCAUCAGGGACUGUCCUGUCAGCAGUUCAAAGUCUGGCAGCAGCAGCACAACCAGCCAACCCAGAACCACCUGCUGACCUACAUCAGCAUAGAGUGUCCAAACUGCCACUACGUCUUUGAGCUGUCCAAAGGUGGAUGUCUCCACUUCACCUGCACUCAGUGUCUGCACCAGUUCUGUGGAGGCUGCAGUCAGUCCUUCAGUCUGGGCUCGGUCUGUAGUUUCUCCAACGAUUGUAGGGCCAAAGGACUUCAUGCCCACCAUCCCAGAGACUGCCUGUACCACCUUAGAGACUGGAACAUACCCCGCCUACACCUGCUGCUGCAGCACUACAGAGUAAAUCCUUUCUGCUUGGAAGCAGCCGGUCACAGCUCGGCUGAAUCCACACCCACAGGACGGUGUUUGCUUCUGGAGCUGAGAGACGAUGGCAGUAAGAAGGAGGAGCCCUGUGGACGACCUGCCCUCCCAGAAUACAGAGGAUACUGCCAGUUGCACUAUAAGGAGUAUCUGGUGGAGCUGAUCAACCGUUGCCGUGCCGACCCAGCCGUUCUCUUCACCUCUGCAGAGAUGGUGGCGGAGCUGCGGCGUUGGCAGCUUCCUGUGCCAGCCAGGAAACCAGAAGAACCAGAGCCGUUGUACAUGCAUCGCCUCCGCCUGUUUCUGACGGACAGCGCCCCCCUCAGGAAGCAAAGCCACUCACCUCUCAAACUGAAGGAUGACCCUUGCCUUCUGACCUCAUCUGUGGCUGCUGGUGCACCGUCCCCCCAUCUGUUGUCAAGUGAUUGACAAACUCCACCCCUUCCGCGAGACACUCCAUAGCACUGCCAACUAAUCAGAUAACAGUAUUUUGCAACUAUAACAACCACUGACCUGCCAUCAGUGGAAGAUUGAUGACUUUAAAGGCCCCGCCUACCAUUACUCAUGUCACAGGAUGUUCUGUGGACCACAUAACUCCUCCUAACCGGAAUAAAACUCUGAAAUCAAACCAAAGGAUGUCAGUUAGAGUGAAAGGGCCCACCUCACUACAGCUACCGACUGUGUUCACACUAAUCAAUAAAUCUGUUGAA